UAUAUAUUGGGCUAAAACGCCGGCUAAUGAACUUCAGAAUGAUGGGAGCAUGUAAACGGCAAGACUGAGCUGCUGAACAGCACAUUUAAAAAUGAAGCGGAUGCAGAUUUAAAGAGGUAUGUCUGCAGAUGACGUGAUGAUGGAGCAGGUCGUCAAGGGCACGGUAAACGUCGCUGCAGCGGUGCAGGGAACGCUGCUGGUGUUGACAGGGACAUUACUGUUGAUUCUGCUGCACAGAAUAUUAACAGCCAAGAAUUGGAAGAACCAAUCAGCUGUUCCAGGUCCGGGUUGGUGGUUGGGUCUUGGCCCGAUAAUGAGCUACAGCAGGUUCCUGUGGAUGGGGAUCGGCUCCGCAUGCAACUACUACAACGAAAAAUAUGGCAGCAUUGCUCGGGUCUGGAUCAACGGAGAAGAGACCUUUAUACUUAGCAAGUCCUCUGCCGUGUAUCACGUUCUGAAGAGCAAUAAUUACACUGGGAGGUUUGCCAGUAAAAAAGGUCUGCAGUGCAUCGGCAUGUUUGAACAAGGCAUUAUCUUCAACAGCAACAUCGCAUUGUGGAAUAAAGUGAGAACAUAUUUCACCAAAGCUCUUACAGGUCCAGGUCUCCAGAAGUCAGUAGAUGUGUGCGUCAGCGCAACCAACAAACAGCUUAACAUCCUGCAGGAGUUCACAGACCACUCAGGACAUGUGGAUGUACUCAAUCUUCUGCGCUGUAUCGUUGUGGAUGUUUCCAAUAGACUCUUCCUAAGAAUCCCUCUCAAUGAGAAAGACUUGCUGAUAAAGAUUCACCGGUAUUUCAGUACCUGGCAGACGGUUCUCAUACAGCCAGACGUUUUCUUCAGACUAAAUUUUGUGUACAAAAAAUACCACCUGGCAGCAAAAGAACUGCAGGAUGAAAUGGGAAAGCUUGUGGAGCAAAAGCGACAGGCCAUCAAUAACAUGGAGAAGCUGGAAGAGACAGACUUCGCAACAGAGCUGAUAUUUGCUCAGAACCACGAUGAGCUGUCUGCGGACGACGUGAGGCAGUGUGUGCUGGAAAUGGUAAUCGCCGCUCCAGACACCCUCUCCAUCAGUCUGUUCUUCAUGCUUCUCCUGCUGAAGCAGAACUCCAUUGUGGAGGAGCAGAUCGUACAGGAGAUACAAUCUCAAAUAGGCGAGCGGGAUGUAGAGUCGGCCGACCUGCAGAACCUGAACGUUCUAGAGCGCUUUAUCAAAGAGUCUUUGAGGUUCCAUCCGGUGGUGGACUUCAUCAUGAGACAGGCUCUGGAGGACGACUACAUUGAUGGCUAUCGAGUGUCGAAGGGGACGAACCUCAUCCUGAAUAUCGGACGCAUGCACAAGUCUGAGUUCUUCAAAAAACCCAACGAAUUCAACUUGGAGAACUUUGAGAACACCGUUCCCAGUCGUUACUUCCAGCCAUUCGGCUGCGGCCCACGGGCCUGUGUCGGGAAGCACAUCGCUAUGGUGAUGACAAAGGCCAUCCUGGUGACCCUGUUGUCGAGGUUCACAGUUCGUCCUCGGCACGGCUGCACCGUCAGCACCAUCAAGCAGACCAACAACCUCUCCAUGCAGCCCGUGGAAGAGGAUCCCGGCUGCCUGGCCAUGCGCUUCAUUCCACGCGCUCACAAUAUCCGCGGAGAACCACACCUGAGCGCGGCCUAACACAGGAAUAGAAAACUUUAAAGGUGCACUGAGUAAUUUCCUUUCAUCUAAAAAUUUUCAGUGGGCUCUCUAUGUCAAGACUGCAUUUUACUUACUAUACACAAACAGUUGAACUUACCUCAAACUCCAUGCAUACCAGUCCGCCUGCGACACAGACAUACUUGACCAAACCGUAGACAUAUCAUAACUUGGUGCACUUUUAAAGGGAUAGUUCAUCCAAAAAUGACAAUUCUGUAAUUAACUACUCACCCUCGUGUUGUUCCAAACCCGUAAGACCUUUGUUCGUUUUCGGAACACAAAUUAAGAUAUUUUUGAUGAAAUCCAAGAGUUUUCUGACCCUGCAUAGACAGCAAUGCAACUGAGACUUUCAAGGAACAGAAACGUAGUAUGGACAUUGUUGAAAUAGUCCUAAGUUUUGUUUUGUUUACGCAGUAAAAAAUUACGCAUAAAAUUACAGUUGUCACAUGGAAUAUUUUAACAAUGUUCUUACCGCGUUUCUAUGCCUUGAUCUUGUUAGUUGCUUGUUAGAAAGCUCUCGGAUUUCAUGAGGGCGAGUAAUUAAUAACAGAAUUUUCAUUUUUGGGUGAACUAUCCCUUUAAAGCAGGGGUGCCCAACCUUGUUCCUGGAGAUCUACCUUCCUGGAGUUCAGCUCCAACCCUGAUCAAACACAACUGAACCAACUAAUUAGGAUCUGAAGGAGCACUUGAUAAUUACAGACAGGUGUGUUUGAUCAGGGUUGGAGCUGAACUCUGCAGGAAGGUAGAUCUCCAGGAACAGGGUUGGGCACCCCUGCUUUAAAGUGUUCAAGCUCACCUCAAAAAAAAAAAAAAAAGUUUGUAGUUUAUGCUGACAUAAGGGAAAUGACAACAAAAACCAUCAAUUUUGUCACAUGUACUGAUCUAUAAUACUACUAAAGUGAUUAUUUGCUGUAGUCUAAGAUCUUUAAUGCUGCAAAUUAACCAACUACAAAGUUAACAUGAAAUGGCAUUCACAACCCAUUUUACUUCCAUAAUGUGACAUGUUUAAACUACAUUUAAUGAGAAAGAACUUUAUUUACUGUAAUUGACUGUAUUGUGAAAAGUGAAAGAUAGGUACCAGAAUGGAGAUGAAUGGAGGGAGGCGCUAAAAAAUGAGUAAUGUCUUGGUGAUGUCAAUCAAAAAAGGAUGAAUGAUGCUUAAGAAGUGAAGCAAGUUGUUGCAUUUCUAUGAAAGAUUAUGAAGAUAAACAUUUUCUUUGGAAUAAUGUGCACUUUUAAAAAAAGUAAAUGGGGUCUGUUUUUGUUUCAUGUUUUAUAAAAAUAAAUGUACAGUAGUCUACUGUUUGAGGUUGAAUGUAUUACUUAACUGAGAAAACUAAGAAAAUAUUUAACAGAAUAAAUACUAGAACUAUUUAAUAGAGACUUGAAAUAUGUAUAAUAUUAUGAAAAUAACAGAAAUAUUUGAUAGCCGUAUACGCACUGCGGAAUAUCCAAUAAAGUGUACCGAUAACUAACUAUAGUGAAUAAAAUGACAUUUUGAAAUCAA